AUGGAGACGACGAUGAUGAUGAUGAAAAGUGAAGAGAGCAAAAGGAGCCAACUCAUGGAAGAAGAUCAGUUCCAAGGAACCCGUUAUGUCAAGAGACGGCGAAGAGAGUCUUGUGCGGCUGCUAUUAAUAACAAUGAUGCUCCAAGUGAUCAGAAGCAACAGCAGCUGCAGCCACAGCUACAGGGUGAUCAAAAUUUAAGUACCAGCACUGUGAAAAGAAGUUCAAGAUUUCGUGGUGUAAGCAGACAUAGAUGGACUGGUCGAUUUGAAGCUCACCUGUGGGACAAGCUCUCUUGGAACAUAACACAGAAGAAAAAAGGGAAGCAAGUUUACCUCGGGGCUUACGAUGAAGAAGAAUCAGCAGCAAGAGCGUACGAUUUAGCUGCACUUAAGUACUGGGGAACAACAACUUUCACCAAUUUUCCGAUAUCAGAUUAUCAGCAAGAGAUGGAGAUAAUGGAGACCAUGACCAAAGAGGAGUACUUGGCUACUUUAAGAAGAAAGAGCAGUGGCUUCUCAAGGGGCGUAUCUAAGUACAGAGGCGUAGCAAGGCAUCACCACAAUGAUAGAUGGGAAGCAAGGAUAGGAAGAGUGUUUGGAAACAAAUACCUCUACCUUGGCACUUACAGCACCCAAGAGGAAGCAGCUCGUGCUUAUGACAUAGCAGCCAUCGAGUACAGAGGGAUCCAUGCUGUGACAAACUUCGAUUUGAGUACUUACAUAAGAUGGUUGAAGCCUACCAGAGAAAACAUCCAAGAAGCAACACCUGAAUCCCAGGUCGUAACAGAGGCUCAGGCAGGGACAUCCCCGUCUAUCUGCACCCCAAAAGAGGAGAAGAAAUCCAUGACCCUUCAUAGUGAUUCUGUCACAGAUUACCUGAACUCCCCUUGCACGCAAGAUUUCCUUGAAAGUAAAACCCCUUUAAUCUCGAGCAGUAACAAUAAGACAUCUUCUCCCAGUGCCCUUGACCUUCUUUUUCGAUCUUCAAUAUUCAGAGAACUACUCAAACGGAACCCAAAUAUAUCUGGGGAUGAAACUGAUGGAGAAGAAACAAGGGAUUUACAGCAGCUGACGGGUGAUGUCAAGUUAGGUGGGAUAUUCUAUGAUGUGAUUGGCAAUGAUGUCCCGUUUGACUGCGAUCUCAGCAAGUACAACUCAGGAUUGCAAGAAAGAGACUCCCAGUCCCUUCUAUGA